GGACUCUUCCUAUUCAGUUAGUCCAAAGCAAAAUGUUAAUGAAAGUAGUUGCAGGUUUUUUACUUGUCGCGAGCGUUGCUCUUGGAGUUUCUUACGACAAAUACACCAUUAAAAUAUUAAAUGGGGACCCGAACAACGUAAUCGUUAAUUCAAGUCCCUUCAUUAAGAUCAAUGAAGGGUUCUAUUACUUUGGACAGGAAAGGGUUAAUUGGCAUGUCGCCGACGAGAACUGCCGCAAGUUGGGAUCAGAUCUGGUUUCCUUUGAAACAGCUCAAGAAUUCGAUGCCAUUGCUGAAUAUUUAAAAAGCAAGGGAGAACGCACCGAGCACUGGACAUCCGGCAAUGACUUGGGAACUGAAGGCGCUCACAAAUGGUAUCCCAGUGCUACAAGAAUAAACAUUGAUCGGUGGGCCCUUAACCAACCAGACAAUGCUGCUGGAAUAGAGCAUUGCAUACACAUCGGUUACAUAUAUCCCAACUCAGCGAAUAUGGAAAUGAACGAUCGUCCCUGCAGAGAUCGCGAAAACAGCUUUUUAAAAUAUGUUUGUGAGGCUCCAAAACCAGAAACUAUAUCUAUUGUUGUUUGGAAAUAGAGGUGAUUCAAA